ACUGGGCGCGCGCUUUGCUCGUUACCCGUCAUCCCCUUUGGCUCCGCCCCCUGCUCCUCUUCCUAACCGUUUCGCUUCUUGUUUCCUCUGCUCGUCAAGAUGGCGGACCGGAGGAGGCAGCGGGCAUCACAAGACAGCAGUGAGGAGGAUGAGUCGGACUCGCCGCCUGGGAGCGCGGCCCCUUCGCCAAGGGGCAACCACCGCCUCGGACUUGCCGGCUCCGCGGGCAGCGGUAGCAAUGGAGGCAGCGGAGGCACCGCUGCUGUUGUUGCUGCUGCCGCUUCCACUGCUGUGCCUGCCUCCGCCGGCCCUGAAAACGUGGAGGUGGCUCUGACGGCGGGAGGAAGCCCGGCCGACUCGGAGUGUGAAAGUGAAGACGGCAUAGAAGGAGAUGCUGUUCUCUCCGACUAUGAAAGUGCUGAAGACUCAGAGGCUGAAGAGGGUGAAUAUAGUGAGGAGGAAACAUCCAAAGUAGAGCUGAAGCGGGACAAUAAUGACACUGAUUUGACAACAAAAUCAGACAAAGGAGGUGAAAAACCAGAAUCAAAAGGCACUGUGGCAGGGGAGAGGCAAAGUGGGGAUGGGCAGGAGAGUACUGAACCAGCUGAGAACAAAGCUGGCAAAAAACAUCCUAAGCACUUGGAUGAUGAUGAAGAUCGGAAGAACCCUGCCUACAUCCCUCGGAAAGGUCUUUUCUUUGAACAUGACCUUCGUGGGCAAACCCAGGAAGAGGAAGUCCGGCCUAAGGGGCGCCAGCGUAAGCUCUGGAAGGAUGAGGGCCGGUGGGAACAUGACAAGUUCCGGGAAGAUGAACAAGCACCAAAAACAAGACAGGAGUUGAUUGCUCUUUAUGGCUAUGAUAUCCGCUCAUCACACAAUGCUGAUGACAUUAAGCCUAGAAGAGUACGCAAGCCAAGGUUUGGAAGCCCACCACAGAGAGAGCCAAAUUGGCCUAGUAAGCCCCCACGACACCAGAGCACAGACAGUACUUCUGUGCCACCCCGGACAUUCAUCAACCGGAAUCCAGCAGGGACAGGACGCAUGCCCCCACCAAGGACUUUCCCAAGGCCUGGUGGCUACAAAGAGACUCGCCCAAGCUAUCGUGCUGUGGAUGUGAACAGCCAGCAUGCCCCUCGCUUCAGUGAGCAAUCAAAGCAUGAGAGCAGUUACCGGGCUCGGCGCUCAGAACCAGUCCCUGCACGGGAGCCUUCUCCUGAGGCAGAGGUCUUGUAUGUUCGCGACAGCCCUGAUAGAAAGGAAGAGAUCAUUCCAGAAGUCCAGCCAACUCCUUCAGAUGUUUUGCAGCCACCUCCAGAUAGGCCUGUGGAAAAGAAGUCCUAUUCUCGAGCAAGGAGGAGCAGGAACAAAGCAGGCGAGACAGGGAAACUAGCAGAUGAGGUUCCACUUCCAUCAACAUUGGCACCUGUGCCACUGAAGACGGCAGAAGUUAUACCAUCUACUUCCCCAGCAAAGACUGGUAACUGGGAGGUGCCUGUUGAAACGAGUCUAGAUGGUCUCGAGCAGGAUAUGACCCAGAUGAAUAUAACAGAACAGAACUGGAACCAGGGCCAACCUCAGUUCAUACAACCUCAGGCAGGUAUCCCCAACCAGAUGCACAUUGGAGCAGCCCCACCUCCUCAGUUCAACAGAAUGGAAGAGAUGGGCGUUCAGGGAGGGCGAGCAAAGCGUUACUCGUCGCAACGUCAGCGGCCUGUCCCAGAACCUCCUCCACCAGUGCACAUAAGCAUAAUGGAUGGGCACUACUAUGACACAUUACAGUUCCAGGGACCGAUCUACACUCACAGCGAGAAUCCUGCCCCGUUACCUCCACAAAGAGUGAUUGUUCAGCCAGAAAUGCAUCUCCCACACCCAGGAUUGCAUCCCCACCAGACACCUGCACCUUUAGCUAACCCGGGUUUGUAUCCUCCACCGGUCUCCAUGCCUCCUGGACAGCAGCCACCGCCACCACCGCCACCACAACAAUUGCUGGCACCAACCUAUUUCCCUCCUCCUCCUGGAGUGAUGAAUUUCGGCAACCCUAGUUACCCCUAUCCUCCAGGAGCUCUCCCACCUCCCCCACCUCCCCACCUUUACCCCAACGCUCAAGCCCAGUCUCAGGUGUAUGGAGGGGUCACCUAUUAUAAUACAGUUCAGCAGCAAGUGCAGCCAAAACCUUCACCACCACGAAGAACAUCCCAGCCGGUUACUAUCAAGCCACCACCUCCUGAGGUUGUAAACAGGGCUCCAGUUAACAUUUCUAAACGAUUUUAAAGGAUGGCAGAAAUGAAAAAUCCAGAGAGAGAAGCAACACUUAAAGGACUCAGCAUUUUACUGUUUUCAGUAAGGUAGCAGAGUUGGCAUCAGUGCCAAACAGAAGGCAACUCCACAGAGUGGAGUUUAUCCUCUUGUUCCUUUGGUAAUAGGCGAUAUGCAUGGAUGUGUGCCCUCCUGCAAGGCCACACUGUGUCAGUAUCGUGAUUGGGGCCAGAUUGCUCAUCAGGAGAGCACCAGUGAAAUCACACAUCUUUUCAGUCUCCCUCUCACCCUAACGCAGAGUCUAUACAAAUGUUGGAUGUAGGAUUUCUCUGCUCACUGAGAGAGAAGCAGUCUUAUUCUAUUAUUUUCUAAGUGUGUCUAUUUGUAGAUGUCUAACUAAAAAUGCCCAUUUGUUAUUAUGUUAAUUCCCCUUUGAAGAACUUGACAUAGUUUUAUUUCUAUUUUGUUUAACUGGUCUUGUUAACUUUACUUGAGUUGUGUGACUUUGUUCUUCCUUGAUUCCCCCCCUCGCAAAUAAUUUAAUUUUAAAGUAAAUCAUCCUAGUGAAAAGUUUUAGUUUCUAGGGUUUAAAUUAAAGAGGACUCUCAGGAGGGUCAUCUAUCUACAAGCAGAAGUUGUCUUUUUGAAGUUCCUGCUUUUUCUUCAUUUCCUAGGGAAAUUAUCCUGAAUUUAAAAAUUAGCCCCAGCGGCAUAUGUCUGCUUUACUCUUUCAGCCCUGAGCUCUUCCCAGCAUCACCACCAUAUUGAGAAAGGGGGAAAUCAUUAGAUGUGCUCCAGUAAACCCAAUAUAUACUUUUGCCUGCAAUAACCUGUAAACAUGGAAAGUUUGCCUUCUCUUAUUUCCCUUACAACAGCACUGACUGUUUUCCAUAACCCUUCUAGUGUCCAACAGGCUAUUGGACUGUUUGCUUGCACUUUGCAGCUUACACCUUACCUGCCAACUUGCAUGGCUUUUCUGAUUCAUUUACACAACUGUUGCCAUUAGGUUGCCAGCCAACAGCCACUUAUGCUGGAUGGGGAAAUUCCCAGCACUGGCACAAAUUUGCUGGAAGUUAUUCUGGGCACCUCUGCUUUUUCUUCUGCUCACACAUGUGGAGCUUCAUACCUGAAAUACCAGGGUGCUUUUGUUUUUUAGCUUGAAAUCCUUUUAAUUUAAUUUUUUUCUAAACAAGUACUACUGGCAUUUAGAUAAAAAGGUCUUGAUGUUUUGAAGUAUGUUGGUUGUUUUGAAGUAUGUUCUACUUUUAACACCUGGAAUUUACCUUUUUAACAUAUCAGUCUUGAAACCUUAGACCUAAUGACACUGUGAUAGCUUUUUUUGUUAAUAAAUUUUUGGCCCUGAUCUUCUUUGAGUGCCCUCUUUUGUAAAUGAUAUUCCUUGAUAUACAAAAGAUAGUAUAAAUUACUAGGUCAUCAUCUUUUCUUUCUUGAGUCUUGUAGCAAAUCUACAGAGGGAGGCUUGCAUAUGAUAGCCUACAACCUGAAAUAGAUGCAAAUAAUUAACAGAAUCAUGGAAAUGUAUGUCAUGCAUUUUAUUUCAUUUAUUGCGUAUACAAGUCGACCUCAAAUAUAAGCCAAGGGGUUUGUGGCUGAAGGGAGGAGAGUGCCACCACUGCCAAUUCCCUGCCCAGAUACCAGAAAAGCCAGAAGAGAGUACAGGGGGCAAUGCUUCUUUUAGGUUUUUCUAGAACUCACUAAGCUCUUGCCUUUUGCCACUGUACUCAGAGGGGAAUGUCCUUUUUUGAUAACACUUAAAGAACAGUCCUCACAUGGACCCAUGGAUAAGUCGAUCCAGGUUUGGGGGUUGAUUUUUUGACUAACAUUUUCAGUUUCAUAUAAGUUGGUCACAUUUUCUAAAACAUUAGCAAAGGUUGUGUUGGAAAGGUGAGAUUGGAGGGUGAGCAGGUAGAAUAUUUUUCAAUGAGAUGAGUGGUCUGCUAUACUAAAGUGUAGCUGUAUUGGAUAUGGAAUCUCAUUUGACUAUUUUUCUUAAUAAAAAUGGGACUACAUAACUUCCCAUUACUUUCUAAGCCUUCUCCUGGGGCUGCUUGCCCUACUGCUCUGCUGAACCUUGGAGUCUCAAAAAAAUUGGCAAUAGUAAAAAGUAUCUGAACACCACUCAUUUACACAAAUCUGUUAGCAACAACAUGUAGUGGUUACAUUGUACUUUGCAGAAAAUGCUUCAGCUGUACUCAAAAAAGGGAAAUCAGACUGUUUAACGAACCUUGCAAAUGCUGAUUUAUUGUAAGUAAAUAUAUUAUUUGGACCUAUUUUAUUUCCCAGUGGUAUGUAAACAUUUUUUGGGGCAGAAAGGGCUUGCAACUGAAAAAAGAAGCCCUGUACUGCUGCAUACAUGUCUGUCUAAGGAAGAGAGAUUUGCCAUGUUUUAAGAAAAACACACAAGGAAGAUGUCCAUGUUUGAGGCUUGAUGGGAAAAUUUUAUUGCACCCUUUAAAUACAUCCACUUAUUUCUUAGCUGGGGACUUUUACUUACUUUUUAGUUCUUUUGAGUCUUCUAUGUAACAGAGUAGACGUGUUGCAUUCUCUCUGAGACAGCAUGACCUAGCAAUAAGCAACUGAGUGAACAAAUGAAGUCUGUCCAUUUGUGCUCAUUAACAUCCCUCCCAGCAGAGGGCAGCAUUUCGCACACUGAGCCUUUCUAUGCGCUAUCGGUGAGUGUUUCUUGAAAAACUGAAAUUAAUAAACUCAUUCAUCAGACAAUUCCUCAACUCUUUGACUUUUGAUUGGUCUGCAGUAAAGUAAUGCAGACAAGGGGCGAGUAUACAUUCUUAUGUGAAGGAAUAAUUUGGUUAUCAGUGUAGCAGCAAAAAGGAACCUCAAAGUAGAUAUAUCUAAAAUGAUGCUGAACAGGGGCAUAGUGUGAAGAAAGAAGAGUAGAAAGAACGUAACCUACAGGGAAAGUAUCCCCACCAAAAAAAUUGUCUUUAAAAAGUGCCUGGGUGUUUUUAUUGGCAUGGCCAUUAAUUUAGCCUUAAUUAAUAAUCUGUAAAAUAGGUUUAACAUUAAUUUAAAAGUCAGGAACCAAAUCCAAGAAAUAAGUUUAACUACUUUGCAAAAAUCCUCCAUGACACAAACAUCCUAUUUUCACUUGGAAUUGGCUAACAAUAGGCUUAGUUUUGUAAGCUAGCCAGUAUUAGUGUCGUAAGAUGUGAAUACAUUGUCCAAAGCUAAUGCCACUGCCUGUACCUCAGAAAUGCUUGAAGAAAUAUGCAGCUAUCCCUACAAUCUGGCAGAAACACCUCCACAGUUUUUACAGGGUCUUACAUGGAGGAACUGUUCAAAGGGGGCCCAUAUCAUUUUAAUGAAUUCAGAGGAAUGGAACCAUAUGUUUCCUGUUAUCUUCACUUUCUCUGAUGAAAACACCAGAAUCCUUGUUCUUGGCACCUCCCAAGCAAAUAGCCACAGAAUGGCAGCCUAGUCAUCAUGUUGAUAUUUCCUUCUUAGUCUGACUAGUGCCUUAAACCUGCCAAGCAGGGUUUAUCCAACUCUGUCCAUAUUUAAAGUAUACCCAUUUGGCUUUUGUGGGGCUACGAUUUAAGCCAAUCCUCUAGGACUGUUACUGCAAAAGUUAUCUUGGAAGUGGAGCUGAAACCAACUACCAAGGAAACUGGCAACCAGUCAAAUUUUAUGACUUGGACAGAUGGGACGGGAAACAGAUGCUGGAUAUGAAACUCAUAAGGCUUGUAAUACUUUGUCCUGCCUCUGGAAGGCUUGAUGGAGCCUUAGGGGAAAUUUUCUAUUUGGUAAACUUUGCAUCUUGUUAUAUGUGUGAAUACUGUGGUAUUCUUAACACAGAGAGUAGAGAAUAUGUGGUUUUCUUCUUUCUGACCUAGUCUCUUGACCCUUCCUAUGUGGUCACAUAUUCAAGGGCAAAUCACAGGAAUGGGGCUAAGAAAUAAGUCACCUACUCAUCUCGGUAAGUGUGUUCUUAGGACAGUUGGGGAGGGGGGAGGGUUCAAGGCUGCCAGUUAAUGUGAACAACUGGUGCACUUCUGCAAUCGAUCCAGGGGUUAUUUUUUCCACUCUGGGACCCAAACCAAAUAAGGAAUGGCCAGUAAUGCAUAUUGGAAAAAAGUGAUGGUGCUAAAUAACUCUAUCAGGCUCUAGCAAACUAAAACUCAAAUUACGCUUCUGGAGCCUUUUUGGGAGAUGAUUUCUUUUUUAUUUGUUGGUUUUGAAAAGGGCAGUCCAUUGAGUCCAGCAAGAAUGUUUAAAAAACAACCAGGAUUUUUUUUCUAAUACUCUAAAUAUCAGAUUUAACCUAUAUGGUUUAAAUAUUAUAUUCAAACAUAUCCAAAGCUUUAUGUAUAAAUUAUUUUAAUGGGAUAUGUAAUAAAGAGUACAGUAUAUUCUUCCCAUAUAUUUAAUAAAAAUGACUAUACCUGAAGGAACACUAUUUUUAAGGUUACAUAACGUAAGAAUGUAAGAAUUGUACUUGAUAUAUCAACAGUUUGUCUUUCUUUUGCUCAGUUAUAACUAGUACUUUCCGUUUCAUUCAUUUACUGCCCACUCUACUUAUUGGUUCUAUUUCAUGUUAAUGAUAGAUUAAUUCAGUACAACUUGUUGAACAUUUUGUGUUAUUAAAGGAUGUAAGUAAAUCUGUGGACACGCAAUUUCUCACAACUACUUGUACUUUGUGACUGAUUGCAAUGUAAGAAAUUUUGUGAAAUAGACACCCAGAAGAGUGUUCAUUUGUUAGUCUAUUUGGAGCAUGUUGUCAAUGUUUGCUCCUUCAAAAAAUAACUAGGAUUUCGUAUUAUAUUUUAGUCCAUCUGCCUUGAUGGAUUGUGGUUUAACAAUCAAGACAGCUGUGGAUAAACUUUUGUGUGUAUACAUCUGUAGGCAAGGCAUACCUUUGUUAAUAAAGCCUCUGACAAAGAA